GGAAUCUCGAGCCUGGGAGCGACCAAAUCUCGCUGUCUAUCAUGUUCUCUGUUGCUUCGUCUUUAACUUGUUAGCUGCUAUUGUUUGUUCUAUUGGUCAACUUGGCCCGCAGGCACGGACCGUCUUGGUGCCUGGCCAAGCUGCCUCGUUUUAACGACCUCAUAUGCACCACGAAAGAAUAUGGUGAGGUAUAAGUUAGCGGUCUUGACUUGAUUCUUGCACCUUCCAGACCACUGAAUACUUUUGUCAACAACAGCAACAUCGUCAAGCUAGCACAACCAAAAUGAAUCGUGUGCACCAGCAUGACUUCCAAAUCCGCGAUCUGGCCACACAAUCUGUGACGCUUUUCCCUGGUCGAGCACAGGUUGUCCGCGAAAUCAAGGCACAGCUCAAACCCGGUGCAAACCAGAUCACCAUCAUCGGUCUGACGCCCGGUACUGAUGAACACUCCAUCAAGGUGGAAGGAACUGGGUCAGCCAUUAUCACAGACAUAAAUAUUCAAAGCUUGCCGAACCGCGAAGUCUUUGAGGAUGUUUACCCUGACUCAGACGAAUCGGAAUCUGGGUCUGAAUCGGACCAUGACAACGAUGAUGAAGUCACAGACAGUGAAUAUGGGGACGUCAAGGAUAUCUCGGAGAAGAUAGCUACAUUGCUGGACGAGCAGAGGCGUGCCAACGAAUUGGUGGCAAGCGCUGAAAGCCGGAUGAAGAUUCUUGACUCGUACGGCAUUAUGUUGGCCAGUGUGCCACCAAAUAAUAAUACCGCAUCCAAGGUUCAGGAUUUUGAUAUUAUCACUGGACUUGACACUUACCGGACUGAGCGCGAGAAAAUCCACCAGGACUACAUGGAAGGAAACGCAAAGCAGCGUGAACUCAAUGAGCGGAUGGAGAAGCUUCAGACGGAUAGAUCUCGCCUGCAAAAGCGCGCUAAUAAAAGGAUGGCCAAAGCUGACAAAGAGAAAGCCAAGGCUCUCCGUCAUAGAAAGUUGAAGGAGCAAAAGGCGGCACAUAAGCGUGAAAGGCUUGUGAAAGAGAAGUUGCGCAUUCGCCGCGAGCGCGAGGCAUUUUGGCCCAGAAAUGUCUAUAUUGUCAAGGUCAGCUUGGAAGCCGUAGAUUUCACACCGGUGACUUCACGGCGCGGCUCGGUGUCAAGUGAUUCUGCCACGCUUGCCAUCAAUCAUCCAGAAACAGUCGCCGAGGGUGACAUAGCAACUACAAAGUGUGACCUUACUCUAUCAUAUGUCACUAGCUAUGCAUACUGGUCACCUAGUUACGACCUGGCCUUAUCCACAACCACGAACUCUGGGACACUGUGCUUUGAUGCACAGUUGACCAACAUGACUUCUGAGACUUGGUCUAAAUGUAAGAUCAUGCUUUCCACAUCUCAAGCUGACUUCUCCCGGUUGAACGACGAACUUCCGACUCUCGUUCCUUGGUACGUGCGACUUGCAGAAAAGCGCGGUUUCGGGUUCACUACUCAUGUACCAACUGAGAUCAUGUACUCGCGAGAGGAAGAGUCCUAUAAAACCGGCACGGGGCUGCGAAACGCGCGAAACACCGAAAAGCCACGGGCGGAACUGUUCGGGAUAGACAACGUGGACAAUCGUUUUGGUGUACAGCCGCUGCCGCUGCCGCAUCAAAUUUACAGCACUAUCAACCAAAUCACUACCGCCAACUCUCAAAAUACUGCCACUACUGGCGGUGGUCUCUUCGGACGCGUUCAAGAUACCAACCCAGCUCCCACCCACGGUGGUCUAUUCGGCUCGAGCCAAGCUGUCGCAACGGUCUCUCCUCAAUCAGGUGGCCUUUUUGGACGGGUUCAAAAUACCAACCCAGCUGCCACCCACGGUGGUCUAUUCGGCUCGAGCCAAUCUGUUGCAACGGUCUCUCCUCAGUCAGGUGGCCUUUUCGGUGCUUUGAAGUCGAACGAAGGCGAGUCAAAGAAAAAAGAUCAACUCACUGUGGACAAGCUCGCCAUGUCGAGUUCGAGUUUCGAUGGUCUUCUUCACGCUCAUGGCGAAAUUGGUGCCGUGGUCAUGGAGGCAAAGCCCGACCUUGAAUUUCAAGGAUCUGUGUUCGAGGAAGUAGGGUUUACUUCCACCUACGAAAUUGAUGGAUCGAAGACUCUCUCACCAGCCUCCAAUCCCUCAAAGCAGCGAGUUGCUCGCGUAUCCAUGACAUCUGUGACCUUUAGCCACAAUGUUGUGGCGAAGUACAAGCCUGCCGCUUACCUUAAGGCUAAGCUGAGAAACGAAAGCAAUCUCACAUUACUGAAAGGCCCAACUGGCUUGACCUUGGACGGCACCUUCAUCGGCCGAACCACUUUACCUCGUUGCAGCCCUAGCGAGACAUUCGAUCUCAAUCUUGGCAUCGAUCCGGCUAUUCGAGUCGCGUACCCUAAGCCUGAUGUCAAGCGUAGUCAAACCGGAUUCAUCUCGAAAGAGGAUAGCAGCACGUUCAAGCGAUUGAUUACACUUUCCAACACUCGAUCUGAUGAACAGAGCAAGCCGGCGCAAAUAACUGUCUUGGACCAGAUACCGGUCAGCGAGGACGAAAGGCUUCGUAUCGAAAUUAUACAGCCGAAAGGGCUGGUAGCCGGAUCUUACGGAGUCAGUACUGGAGCUCCCGAGAAUGAAGGGAAGGAGCAUGCGAUUUGGGGCGAAGCGGUUUCUACCCUGAAGAAUGGAGGAGAAAUUUCGUGGGAUGUCAAGUUGAAUGCUGGUCGUAGCGUCAAAUUGGCAUUCGAGUAUGACUUGUCGAUUCCUGCGGGCGAGCGUGCGGUCAAUAUUUAAGAUGCCGUUUCACAGUUGAUUUACCAUAACGGAAGGAGAAAUAUAAUAGGACAGCAAGGUUUAUGAUACAGUGAGGAAAACAGACACAAUAAGGAUUUAACACGAUGAAUGUUACGGUUAGUAGCAUACGAUGGCACUCUUGAUACAGAAUAAAUACCAACUAGUCUAACCUUAGAUAGAACUCAAUCAUAAAUAUGCAGCACUUAUGCUUCAA